AUGUUGCUUUUGGACCUUUACUCUGGCUGUGGCGCAAUGUCCACUGGACUUUGCCUAGGUGCCAAUAGUUCUGGGGUUAAUGUGGUUACUAAAUGGGCUGUUGACUUGAAUCCAUAUGCAUGCAAGAGCCUGAAAUUGAACCACCCUGAGACUGAGGUUAGAAAUGAAUCUGCAGAAGAUUUCCUAUCUCUGUUAAAGGAGUGGGAGAAGCUCUGUGCUUCCUUUUCAUUAAUAGGUUGUGGGGAUUCACAACAGCAACAUCUAGAUCCAACAAGUAUAGAAGGUGAUCAAGGUGAUGAUGAUGAUGAAGCCAGUGAUGAUGUGGAAGAUGAUGAAGUAUUUGAAGUUGAGGAGGUGUUGGCGAUAUGUUAUGGUGACCCUAAUGAAAUUAAGAAACCCGGACUGUAUCUUAAGAUUCGUUGGAAGGGUUAUGGGCCAGAAGAAGACACCUGGGAGCCUGCAGAUGAUUUAGGUGACUGUCGUGAGCGGAUAAAGGAAUUUGUCACCAAUGGAUUUAGAUUAAAGACUUUGCCUUUGCCUGGUACUGUUGAUGUUGUAUGUGGGGGUCCCCCAUGCCAAGGCAUAAGUGGAUUCAAUCGCUUUAGGAAUAAAGAGAAUCCCUUAGAAGAUCCAAAAAAUAAACAGCUUGCUGUGUUCAUGGAUAUUGUGGACUUCCUGAAACCAAGACUAGUUUUGAUGGAAAAUGUGGUUGACAUAGUUAAGUUUGCUGGGGGAUUUCUUGGAAGAUAUGCAUUGGGUCGUCUUGUUGGCUUGAAUUAUCAAGCACGAUUAGGGAUGAUGGCAGCCGGUGCUUAUGGCCUUCCACAAUUUCGCAUGCGAAUGUUCAUGUGGGGUGCUCGUCCUUCAGAGAAAUUGCCCCAAUAUCCAUUACCCACGCAUAAUGUCGUUGUAAGGGGUGUGAUUCCUACUGAAUUUGAGUCAAACACGGUUGGCUAUGAAGAAGGUCAUAAAAUGGAAUUGGAGAAGGAACUCUUGCUUGGGGAUGCAAUAUCAGACCUUCCUCCGGUGGAUAAUGAUGAGGCACGUGAUGAAAUACCAUACGAGGGUGAACCCAAGACAGAAUUUCAACACUUCAUUAGAUUAAGAAAGGAUGAAAUGCCAGGUUGUUCCUUAUUUGGGUCAGAAGCUUUACCACAUCAAAUUUUUGACCAUCGCCCUCUUCAAUUGAAUGAGGAUGAUUACCGACGUGUCUGCCAAAUACCAAUGAGAAAGUGUGCAAACUUUAGGGAUCUGAGAGGUGUACGGGUUCGUGAUGACAACAAAGUUGAGUGGGACCCAGAUAUUCCAAGGGUGUAUCUGCCUUCUGGGAAGCCAUUGGUACCUGAUUAUGCAAUGACUUUUGUAAACGGAAGUUCAUCAAAGCCGUUUGCUCGGUUAUGGUGGGAUGAGACAGUGCCAACUGUGGUUACUAGAGCGGAACCACACAACCAGGCAAUAUUGCAUCCUCAGCAAAAUCGAGUACUUUCCAUUCGGGAAAAUGCAAGAUUGCAAGGCUUUCCCGAUUAUUAUAAACUUCUUGGUCCAAUUAAAGAAAGAUACAUUCAAGUGGGGAAUGCGGUGGCUGUUCCUGUCGCACGAGCCUUGGGAUAUGCUUUGGCUUUGGCACUAAAAGGAUCAUCCAAAGAAGACCCUUUAUUUACCUUGCCUGCGGGGUACCCUAAAGUUAUGAAUCCGACUUCUCCUAUCUCUGAUGAGGAUAGUUUUUAA